CACAUUCACAAGAGUGAUUCAGCCUAACCGCGCCUAACCCUAUACUCUCACCGAUGCAUGCGAAUGUGACACACCGCUCCUCACGUCCCGCUGCGCAUCGACCACGUUACUCUGCCUCGCUCAGGGCAUCUCGUGUUGAGCCGCGCACUCGCACUCGCGCUCGGACUGCUCCGUUCAUGUCUCUUCUAACAUAGACGCACACUGCGCCGACGUACAAUCGUGAGCUCUCGGAUUGCUGCAUCAACCUCUGAACCACCCCUUUAGCUCAUCAAUCCUUCUCAUCCACGCUCCAUUCCUCCUUCUCAGCCAUCAUCUCCAUAAAGACGACAAAUCAAUCACCAAGACUAACAAACGCUUUCACACGGCGCGCACAAGACGCAAGAGGUACUCGCAGCGCAAAAGAAUCGAGAGAGGAACCAGAGAAGAGAAAAGAAUGUCAUCCGUACUACUCAAAGCUCCCGCUUACCAUGCCGAGCUGUGGCAAUUCCUGGCCGCCCACGAGGAUGUGGCGAGUCGAAUCACCUCGCUGGAGAUCAAGCGCGUGAACAAGCUGUACCACUCGCCCGCGCCAGCUUCCACUUGCGACGCAGCGCUGGGCAACGAGGUAAUCGCGCUGCUCAAGAAUUUCGACGAAUCCUCGCUCGCACCUCCAGAUGGCGGUGUGGAUGAGGAGGAGAAGGAGGCGAGCGAUGCUCGUUCGAAACGCGUGCGCGCGUAUCGCGAAGCCGAGCUGCCCCUCAUUGCCGCCAUCUCCAAGAUGAAGAAUUUGCAAACAUUCAUAUGGGACUUUUUCCCACCCGUAUACGACGCGCAGCUUGGUAGGCCUGCUCGGCAGGCGCCGCUGUCCAGCAUCUGGCAGGCGCUUGCACAGACUACAGUCAAGGACGUUGUGGUGGUAGAUCUGGCGCGAUACAGGCGAUUAGAGUGCGCCGAUACACAAGCCUUCGACCACAUCCUGCCAAUCUUUGAGGGAGAUCUCUUUGCUCAGAAGCUUGACAAGCUGGAAAGCUUCGAGAUAUCGACGGAUGCCUUCAACUUUGAGCCCGAACCUUUUGUCGACAUUCCUGAUCAGCCAGACUUGACCAGGCUAGCUGCCUUCUUGUCGCAGAACGCCUCGAAGCUCAAGAGCGUGGCGCUACUCUUCCAGACGGACGGCGCGCGUCGACCAGCGCACCUGUCCGAGACGUAUGCCAGCGAACUCCCACGAGAAGAGAUGCAAGUGGGCGAAGUGAAAGUCGAUGAGCUGCUCGAAUCCUUGUCCGGAAAGCUUCCGGCGCUGCAAGAACUCGUUGUGCGAGAUGUCAGCGCGUCGGAACAAAGCGUCGAGGCGUUCGUGCAGAGCACGCCAACUCUCCAGAAGCUCGAGCAAGUACCUUCUCUGGGCGUUCAGUAUGGGCCAAAGCAGGGAGUGCGCCUCUCGACUGCUGUCAAGCAGACGUUGCAGCGACAGGCCAAGUGAUGCACGACAAUCACGAAUGUGAGCUGCAGGGGGGCAUGGACAGCGCGUUCGAUCGAAUGCGUUUUAGUGCAGACUUUUGCGCAGAGACGCUCGUGCGCUCGCUCGCCUCACGCUCCCACUCAUCGACACGAUCGCGUUGCUAAAGAAAGCUUCGAAAUACGAGCUCAUUUGUAUCAGCGUCCAUCAGCUCUUGCAGAAAGCCCGGGCAAGUUUCCAGCCACAAUUUUUGCUCAAGUGGGCAAUCAAUCACGAAUCAGCAAUUUGAAUUUGAAUCGAAUCACAAGC